AUGGCUAAUUCAACAACUCCUUUACUCUCAAAUCAUCAAGAUCAAGAAUUCCCAAAUCUAAAUGAUCAUUUUUCUUCACUUGAACAAAUCAUAGAGCCAUUUUUUGAUACUUGUAAUGGAAAAAUUGCAUGGCCACAAAUCUUGCAAGUCAUACUUGUUUCUCUAGCUUGUUUCUUUGAAGCUCAACAAACAUUUAUCACAAUUUUUACUGAUCCUAUUUACACAUCCAUUGUGUCUGAAUGGUCACUUCAUUGUUUUACUAGUUCUAUAUUACAAGGUCUUCCUGCUUCAUCUUUUUUCAUGGGAUGUUUGCUUGGUGGCCUUGUUCUUGGUGUGUUAGGUGACUCGAUUGGUCGAAAAACCAUGUUGUUUUUCGGGUGUUUGAUCAUGUCUAUAGCUUCAAUCUUCAUUGCUUUCUCUAACAAUGUUUGGAUGUACUCUGCCUUGAGAUUUCUAAGUGGAUAUGGUCGCGCUGCGAUUGGUUCCUCUGUACUUGUGUUGUGUUCUGAGAGUGUUGGUAAACAAUAUCAAGGGAAAGUUGGAACUAUAGGGUUCUUUAUGUCUACAUUUGGAUUUGUGUCAUUACCAUGUUUGGCUUAUUUUAGUAAGGAUUACUCAUGGAGGGUACUUUAUCUUUCGACGUCUCUUCCUGCUAUAGUUUACUGUUUGUUGAUACAAUUUUGUGUUUAUGAGUCUCCAAGAUGGCUUCUUUCAAAAGGGAAAGUUAUAGAGGCUUAUGCAGUUCUCAACACAUCUCAUUUGAAGAAGGAAAGUUCGAAUCUUGAUCAUAACAAGUUGAGUUUUACUACUAUGAGUGGUUCUGAUCCACCUCUGAUCAAGAUUUUGUUGAGGAAAAAAUCGAUUCUUGGACAAUUAUUACUAGCUGUAGCAGCUGGUUUUGGCAUUGGAUUGAUGUACUAUGGCAUGCCAUUAGGACUAGGAAAUGGAAACUUUAGCUUAAAUCUCUACUUGAGUACAGGACUAAACGCGUUACUAGAGUUACCAUCAUUCUUGAUAGUCUUUUUCUUGGUUGAAAAAUGCAAGAGGAGAAGUACACUAGUUGGACUAAGUGUUCUAUCUGGUGUUUGUGGUAUGUCAUGUAUGAUUGCGAGUGAACGAAAGGUUUUACAGAUGGUGUUGGAGUUAACUUCAUUUUUCAGUGCUUGUACUGCAUUUGAUCUGUUGCUGAUAUAUACUUCAGAGCUGUUCCCAACUAGUAUAAGGAAUGCAGCAGUGUCAAUUGUUUGGCAGGCUGUGGUGCUCGGGGGCGUGGUGAGCCCCGUUUUGGUUGAUGCAGGAGGAGAUAGUAACAACAAGAUUUUAGCUUAUUUGACUCUUGGCAUUAUGACAGCAAUUGCAGGGUGUUUGGUUGUUUUUCUGCCAGAAACAAAGGGAUUGGAGAUAUGUAAGAACAUAGAAGAGCAAGAACAAAAAGGUUGCAUCAAUCAUGUAUGA